GCUUCACGGGCGCAGUGAGGAAAGCGACCAGCAAGAAUCCCUGCACAAACUCCUGACUUCUGGAGGACUGAGCGAGGAUUUCAGCACCCCUUACCCCCCCCUCAGAGCUAACGUUAUUGAAGCUAUUAAUGAGCUGCUAAUAGAGCUAGAGGGCACCACCGAUAACAUUGCCAUGCAGGCACUGGAGCACAUCCACUCCAACGAGGUGAUCAUGACCAUUGGCUACUCGCGCACCGUUGAGGCCUUCCUGAAGGAAGCCGCCCGCAAGCGGAAGUUCCAGGUCAUUGUGGCGGAGUGUGCGCCGUUCUGCCAGGGUCACGAAAUGGCUGUCCGACUGUCUAAAGAGAACAUUGAAACUACUGUCAUGAGCGAUGCAGCUAUUUUUGCUGUCAUGUCUCGAGUCAACAAGGUCAUCAUUGGUACAAAGACAAUCCUGGCCAACGGCGCCCUGAUUGCUGUGAGUGGGACUCACACGCUGGCACUGGCAGCUAAACACCACUCCACUCCGCUCAUAGUGUGUGCCCCCAUGUUCAAGCUCUCACCGCAGUUCCCUAACGAAGAAGAUUCAUUCUACAAGUUUGUGUCACCACAGGAAGUGCUGCCAUUCACGGAAGGGGAGAUCCUGGCAAAGAUCAAUGUUCACUGCCCUGUGUUUGACUACGUCCCUCCAGAGCUCAUUACUCUCUUCAUUUCUAACAUCGGGGGUAACGCGCCUUCCUACAUCUACCGCCUCAUGAGUGAGCUCUAUCAUCCCGACGACUAUGAACUCUAAUGCCGUGAAACACAUCACUCCAGACUUUUCCUGUCUUUCUCUUCAGAAAGAUAUAACGGCUGAUUAAAGUGUACUUUGCAAAGACAGGUUGUUGUGGGGAAUUUUCUCAGCAAAAGCAACAGAAGGCAAAGCUCUUCUACAGGUUUUCAUCUCUGUGCUGUGUUAGAAGCCACAUGGAGCUGCUAACCCACUUUGACUUUGAAAUGGCAAGGCAUACGUUUGACUCUCUGGGGCAGCUAAGCUGUUACUUUAAAGUGUGCUGCAAUAGAGGCUGUUUACAGUGAUCUCACUGUUAAGCACA